AUGGCAACGUUCAAUGUGCACUGGGAUGAUUUGUUGGAAGUUCAAAUGAUGAAUAUUGAAGAAAUUUAUGACAAGAAUGAAUUUGAAGUCAAUACUGGUAUUGAUCCAUCAAUCUUUGAUGAGGAAUUUGAUGAAGAAAAACAAUACAAUGUUACAAAGUUAUUGACUGAUUCUCAGCUGUCCGAGUAUUCGAAGACUCCUGUUUCAACUGAAUGUCUUCAAAUUCCUGAAACUGCUGCUCAAUGUUCUCAAGCAGCAUCUGAUCAAUAUCCUCAAGUUGAUGAAAAUCACAGUGCUGUGCCUGUCCUUACUGAUGUUGCCUCUGAAAAUAUGAACAAAGGCUUUAUAAUGGUUGAUAUGGACUCUGUAAAGGCAUUUAACGAGUCGGAAAAAAAUCAGCAUACAAAACGUAAAACUAACCAACAUAUAAACAGGCUAAAAACUUUUCUCAAACUAAAAAACGAAACACGAGAUUUCCAUUCCAUCCCAAUGACGGAGCUGGAUGAGCUUCUUGCCAUGUUCCUUCUCUCCAUUAAGAAAGAAGAUGGAACAGACUACGAGCCGAGUAGUUUACGAGGGUACAUAUCUACAUUUGACAGAGUUCUCCAGGAAAAUGGGUACCAAUUUACCAUAGCCAAAAGUUCAAGACAAGGAUUUCCCCUAACAAAUCAGACUAAAUCGGCAAAAACAAAAAAUCUGAAAAAAUCAGGUAAAGGCAACAAAGAAAAUGCUGCCCAACCAAUAACAGAUGAAGAGAUUGACAGGCUUUAUGAUACCGGCCAACUAGGUCUUUCUUCACCACAGUCUAUCAUCAACACUUUGUGGUUAACAUUUACCAUACAUUUCGGCAUGAGAAGUGUAGAAGAACACUAUCACUUAUGUUGGGGCGACGUACAAGUAAAGAUCGAUGCGGAGGGCACUGAGUUUCUGGAACUUACAGAGCGCCAGACUAAAACACGCACUGGAGACAGUGGUGGUUCUAGGAAGGUUCCUCCACGUAUGUGGUCUAGUGGAGAUGAGCGGGAUCCGGUAUCUGCCUACAGAUACUAUGCAGCCAAGCGUCCACAUGGAUUCAGUCGGGAUUCGGACCCAUUUUAUUUGGCACCAAGAACAACCCCACCUACAGAAUUUGACCAAUGGUUUUUAAAACAGCGGAUUGGAAUAAAAAAAAUUGGCACACUAAUGAAAACAAUGACUGUAAAAUCAGGCAUUACACGGCACCUUACCAACCAUUCUGCCAGAAAACACACCAUACAAAAGCUCAGGGAUUCGGACCAGGCACCUACUGAUAUUAUGCAGAUCACUGGGCAUGAAUGUGUACAAAGCAUAAUCAAUUACAGCAAUAUGUCUUUGAAAAAGCAAAAAACUUGCUCUAAUAUCUUAAGCAGAUCUGCCACUUCAGUGAGAUCAAUUAAUACAAAUAAAUCUGCAACAUGUACAAAUGCUUCUUACCUUGACAAUAGCACUUCUGUCCCAAUGCAGUCUCCGCUGUCUGUUUUGCCAUCUACACAAAUCGAACCUCCUGUCUCUGCUCCAAACACUCAGUCUCAGGUAGUCAAUGUUCCAACUGUUAAUUACCCCACCCAUUUCACUCAGGCUGGAAAUGCUCCAGGUCAUGUGCAGUCAAUGUUUUUUGGUGCUACUGUCCAUAUACAGAAUUUUAAUAUGUACAGCAUGCCUCCAAGGAACGAUCAAGACAGUAGCAGUCGUAAUUGAACAGUUUUAAAAUAUUUCCGCUGAACAGCUGAACAUGUGACCGAGACUCCUUCGUCCAAAUCCGUUAUGUUAACUGUUAAACUGUUAAUUUCUGGCUAACAGUUUGUAAAACAUUGUUCUUUUUGUGUUAAUCUCCUUAAUAGCUUUAAAAAUCACACCUGUUAUCCUGUUAAAGCGCAAUUAAAUUCUCCAGUUUAUGUCUGUUUCAGCCGGCGGCCAUUUGCUAAAUUUGUUGAAAUGGUAAUAUGUUCCUACGCCAGAUCAGCACUGAUGAUGUUUAUUGUUGGUAUUGUUUAAUUGACUUUG